AUGAAUCUAAAUAAUCGUGCAUAUCACGCGGUAGUGAAUGGUUUGGGAACCGCUGCCGAUUCAUCAGUACAUGCUGGAGAAAACAACUAUUAUGGGAAUAACACAUAUACAAAUCCCAAGAGUGAAAGCAUUGACAAUUAUGGCAUAAACCCCGAUCCAUUGCAAAAUGUAGUCAACUCUAAUAUCGUUGCUAGUGUAUAUAAUGAACGAAUGGACGGAUUCGCCAAUAUGGCAGGCUAUCACAUUAAUGAUGAUGCGUACAAUGAUAUUGAUAAACUUACAACCAUGGCCAAUAAUCACUUGCCAAAUCACCUUAUACAAGGCAGUCGCAUAGACUUACAGGUUAACCAGCUCAGCCAAUUACCUAAUCACUAUCCUCAACUCUCACAUCCAAAAUUUUAUUACCAACAGCAUAAUCUUUAUAAGCUUCCAGGCCAUGGUUUGUCACAGCAAUCUGUGUCAGCUGUACAAAGUCUACCUAAUGGAGUACAACCGCAAUUUAUGCGACAAAUGCCAUUCAUUAACCAACACAGUGGAAAUAUUCAUCAGAUACACACAGGGUUUGACCAGAAUUACUAUCACUUACCCCUAAAAUCCAUGAUGAAAUUGGAUCACUCACAAAAAUUCCCCCUUGAUGCUAGGGUCGACUGCCAGCAGUUAAAUGAAACUGAUUCAAAUGUACAAAAGUAUCGUAUUCUACAUCAACAAGAUCCGCAGCAACAGCAAUUUUACCCGUUAAGAGUACAAAACCAACACCAUCUGGCCCAGGUUCAGUAUGACACGGUGCUAGCUUCGUUGCCCUCUAGUGAAGGUCCAAACACCAUUGAACAGGGAAUUAAGAGAAAGCAGAACAUUAAAAUUCUAGAUAUGCUACGGACACUUGCUGAAAUAUUAACUACGUCUGAGAAUGAUUCAUUUCCCAAGGCCUACGAAAUAAUCAACACCCUACGGGAACAUUUAGGCAAUCAAUUUCAAGAUGUAAUUCAUAAUAUACAAUUAAAUACCAAUCCUCUAUGUCAAUCGCUGAUCCACUUACCAUUUAUGCUUUGGGGGACCAACAAUGCCAACUAUUUCUGCGAAUACUGUGUCCUGCUCUUCCUAUUCAAGUCCGAAAAAUUCCUCUCAAAAGUUAUUCCUAGGAUCAACCAGUACCCUAAUAGUUACGAUUCGCAUAACAUAAAACGAAGCAUAAAUGAUGAUAAAGACAAGAAUAUCAAGGGAGGGGUGAAAAAAUCCAAGCCCAAGGGUUACACUCCUGUAAUUGUUCUGGAUUACAAUACUGAGAUGAUCGAAUCGCCCAUCAUAAAGGAAAAUCCCGUAGGCAUGAUAAACAUUGGGGCGGGUUCGUGCUUCCUCAACGCAAUAAUUCAGUGUCUUAGCAAUAUAAAACCAUUUGCCAUAUUCUAUUUGAGGUACAAAGAAACACUUCCAUCAAAGGAAUCUCUGGGCUUUGUAUAUGAAGAUUACAUACAAUCACAGGGAAAAUCCUCAGAUAAUAAAAUUGGGAGGAAGGUGGAUAAGUACCGCAAUUGUACAUCAUUCAAUUGGGAAAUUGCCAUCAUAAUAAACUACUUUUGGCGUUGUCAAACGAAGGCUAUUCGGCCAGAGGCCCUAUUUAAUAAUUGUUCAAAAAUAAUUCCAAAUUUUAAUCCGCGGGAAAUGCAGGAUUGUGAUGAAUACUUACAAAAUUUAUUGAAUCUACUCGAUGCAGAGUUGAUUACUGCUUCUAAAUCUUCUGAAAUAUCCCGUGUGUUGAUGGAGAUGGCAAAUGUACAUAUACCCACAGGAAUAAAUGUUAUUUUUGGCGGAAUGGAACUUGACAACAUAAAAUGUCUCAACUGCAAUACAAUAAAUUCGCGCUUAGUGCCUUAUCGCAUAUUGACGUUACCCAUGACAAAAAUAGCCCAGAUGGAAUCACUUAAGCAUGCAAAUUCCAAGAACAAGGAUAUCACAAAGCUUACAAAAAUUACAAUACAAGAAUGCCUAGAUUUACAUUUUAGCAAGGAUAUGUCACUCUGCGUUUCAGAUGGAGAGGGUUAUGAUUGUAAUGUGUGCAAAUCUAAGCAGAAUGCAGAAAAGUAUUGCAAUUUAGUGGCACAAAAUUUGCCAUAUGUACUAUUUAUCACGCUGAAGCGUUUUGUUUGCGAGAAAGAAACUUACAAGAUAUGGAACCCUGUGGAAUUCAGUGAAAUAUUGGACCUAACCCAAUACAUUGUCGACUAUCGCAAGGCGGAUACGACCAAGGAACCCCGUACCACUACUGCUAAGCGUAUAACAAGAAACAACAUACCUCUUUGUGCCAGGUGUUAUGGUUUGAUGGAAAAUUAUAAAUCUGGAUUUAAAGAUUUCAAGUGCAAAUGUACUGGAUAUUCAACCACAGAUAACAGGGUGCUAUACAAAUUGAUUGGCCAGGUCCAACACGACGGACCUAGUACUCGUCAGGGGCACUAUUACGGUUAUUUUAUGCAUCCUAUUACAGGGGAUUGGUAUAUGGCAGACGAUUUGAACGUGACGAAGCAGGACGAAGUUGUGCUGGCACCUUGCCCGUAUAUCUUGAUAUACCAGAGGAUUUUCACUAAGCAAUUUAAAAUCGAGAUUCCCUCUUUUGUUUAA